UCCACAGAGAGAAUAAUGGAAAUUCCGCCAGCCCUCCACAUGAACAAAGGUGAUGGUGAGAAUAGUUAUGCCAAAAACUCGCAGGUCCAGAGGAUGAUUAUAAGCAAAGGAAAAACAAUGUUGGAGGAAGCAGUUGAACAAAUGCUUUCCUGCAGCAGCAUGAUUCCGGAGGUGAUGGAGAUUGCAGACCUGGGUUGUUCAUCAGGUCCUAACACGUUGACUGUGAUAUCAGAGAUCAUAAACGUGAUUCAUGCCACAUGUCGAAAUCGGGGCCGUCCAUCACCCGAGCUUAGAAUUUCCCUCAACGAUCUUCCCACCAAUGAUUUUAACUAUAUAUUCGCUUCACAACUCCCAUCCUUCUAUAAGGAAUUAGAGGUGAAGGGAUCAUGCUUUGUUUCUGGAAUUGCAGGUUCCUUUUAUGGCAGAUUGUUCCCUCGAAAAUGUCUGCACUUUGUUCACUCUUCCUCUAGUCUCCACUGGCUAUCCCAGGUCCCAGCUAGUUUAGAAAGCAAUGAAGUGGUAAACAAGGGAAAGCUAUACAUAUCGAAGAGCAGCCCUGAGUGUGUAUUGGAGGCGUACUCUGUCCAGUUUCAGAAGGAUUUUUCAACGUUUUUGAAAUCAAGGUCUGAAGAAUUAGUCCAUGGCGGCCGCAUGUUCUUGUCUUUCAUGGGUAGAAGAUGCAGUGAUCCAACAACUGAGGAAAGCUGCUACCAGUGGGAGCUGUUGGCACAAGCACUCAUGACCAUGGCUAGAGAGGGUAUUAUUGAAAAGGAAAAGAUAGACAGUCUUAACGUGCCUUAUUACGCUCCAAGUAUCAAAGAAUUGAAAUUAGAAAUAGAAAAGGAAGGAUCAUUCGUUAUCAAUGAAGUUGAAGCAUUGGAAAUUGAUUGGGAUGGAGGAAGCAACCACAAUGAAGAAUUCAUACAAAGAGGAGAACGAGUGGCGAACACUAUUAGAGCAGUUGUUGAGUCAAUGUUAGAAAGUCAUUUUGGAGAACAUAUCAUGGAUGAAUUAUUUGAGAGAUAUGCACAACUUGUGGGCGAUUACUUGUCUAAUAAUUCAACCAAGUACAUCAACUUCCUACUCUCCCUUGUUAGAAAUCACAUUUAA